AUGUUGCACAUGAGAACCCAAUUUCCAUUUCAGCCUUCUGAUCAGGCCUUUUCUUCAAACAUGCAUCAGAAGAUCCACUUUCCAAAUUCAGUUAAUCAACUAUUAGCCAUUCAAGAGCCCUGGCCCCAACAUCAACAUGAACCACAAUCGCACGACCAACAGUCUGCUCAAGUUGGAUUCAACGUCAUGGAUCCAUCUCAAUCUCAUGCUUUGGGUUCAUUUGAGGAGGGUGUUUAUAUUCAUGAUCAUCUUCAGCAGCAGCAUCAUCAUCUACAACAACCACAAUUGCACGAUCAUCAUCCAUCUCCAUCUCAGGCUUUGAGUUCAUUCGAGGGUGCUGAUUAUAAUCAUCAACGUCCUAAUUAUCUUCUUCAGGGGCAGCAUCAACAUCAUCAUCUACAACAACAUCAGAAUUCUACGCAACAACCAUAG